AUGGAUGUGUUCCAGAAGGUAGAGAAGAUCGGAGAGGGGACCUACGGGGUGGUCUACAAGGCCAGGAACAAAGUGACUGGGCAGCUUGUGGCCCUCAAGAAGAUCAGGCUGGAUCUGGAGGCCGAGGGGGUUCCCAGCACUGCCGUCAGGGAGAUCUCACUGCUGAAAGAACUGAAGCACCCCAAUAUUAUCAAGCUGCUGGAUGGUCAUAGAGAGAAGAAACUGUAUAUGGUGUUUGAGUUCCUCACUCAGGACCUGAAGAAGCACAUGGAUUCCUCCCCCACCUCAGAGCUCCCUCUGCCCCUUGUCAAGAGCUACCUCUCGCAGCUGCUGGAAGGGGUGAAUUUCUGCCACUCCCACCGGGUCAUUCAUCGAGACCUGAAGCCGCAGAACCUGCUCCUCGAUGGGCUUGGGACCAUCAAACUGGCCGACUUUGGACUGGCGCGGGCCUUCGGGGUUCCCCUGCGCACCUACACCCACGAGGUGGUGACCCUGUGGUACCGUGCCCCUGAGAUCCUCUUGGGCAGCAAGUUUUAUUCAACAGCUGUGGACAUCUGGAGCAUUGGCUGCAUCUUUGCAGAGAUGGUGACUGGCAAAGCUCUGUUUCCGGGUGAUUCAGAGAUUGACCAGCUCUUUCGGAUCUUUCGCACCCUGGGGACCCCCAGUGAAGCCACAUGGCCCGGAGUCUCCCAGAUGCCUGACUAUCAGAGUAGCUUCCCCAAAUGGAACAGGAAGGGGCUGGAGGAAAUCGUGCCUAGUCUGGGACCAGAAGGCAAGGACCUGCUCCUGCAACUCCUGCAGUACGACCCCAGCCAGCGGAUCUCGGCCAAGACUGCCCUGGCCCAUCCCUACUUCUCUCCUGGGCACUCCCUAGCACCCCAACAAUGUACAGCGGGGCGUUCCUCCCGCUGAGAACACGCAUGUGGGGCCUACCACCUCACACCCUCGCCAGCUGCCUCCCUCCCUUUCUGACUUUCUGGGGAAGAACAGACCCUGAGGGGCUUGGGUUCAUGUCGUCUACAGGUUGGCAAGUUCCUGUAUUGUUUGUUGGAUUUAAUGGAGCACUUUCGAAAGGCAUGCAGGUGCUCCCUGCUUGGGGGGAGGGCGCAGAACUCCUCCGACUGACGCCAGACAUAGGUGUCAGGUUAGAUAAGAGACCCUAGCCCUUCGCCUUCACUGCGCAGCUGCAGAGCAUGGCCCCUGAGAGAGCGUGCCCUCUGCUGGUCUUU